UUGGAAGGGGCUCCCGCAUGCUCAUCGAUACCGUACCACAAGGGGGCUUUGGAGUACUCACUGCCAGUCUUUUGUGACUGCGCUAGGAAGGCGGCGCGGUGGAUUUCGUGGAGUGAUGACAACCCUGGGAGAAGAUACGUGAAAUGUAUGAUGGCCAGGAAUGGGGGUUGUAGCUUCUGGAAGUGGUAUGAAGAUGCAACAACGACUCCAUUUGUGAAGCAAGUUUUGGUAGAUCUAUGCGACAUGGUGUGGUCUUUGAGGAAGGAGAAGGAGGAGCACGAGCUGAUAGCGACAAUCAGUGAAGGAAGGUCAAAGUUUGAAGAGAUGGGCCGUGUGCAUGGUGCUGAGUUAUGUGGUGUUAGAGAACAAUUAGAAGCUAAAGAUGCUCUUAUUGUUGAGCUGAGUGUUAGGACUAAGAAACUGGAGAAUAAAAGAAAGUGGUUUGGCUAUGUUGUUGCAGGAUGUGUUGUUGUGCUAGGAUUUGUGAUGUUCUGGUGGAUGUAA